UAGUUUUCACCUUUUUAUAUAUAAAAAAGCACUGUUCAACAUGCUCACCAACCUGCCCCUGGUGUCGUUAGCGCGUCAAUCUAUGGCCAUCGCAAGCUGCCGGUUCAUUUCGUCCAGCACAGCCGCCGUGGUGAAGGUUCACCGCAGUGUUUACGCAAGAAGGUAUCCCACGAUGGUCGUCCUGCCGAAUGGUGCCACCAUCAACGUUAGCUACCACGAACCGCGGAGGAUCAUCAAGCUCCCGUUGGACCUGAGCCUCCUGUCGGAAGCCGAGCGAAAGGCCCGUCUGGAGAAGCGGAAGCCGAAACAAGUCAUUCACGUUGAAGACGAAGUGGAGGACACUUUCAACGCUAGGAAAUAUGUUAAUUUUAUAAGGAAGAAGUGAGCUAGUGACAUUGUAAAUACGAUAACAGUUACUGUUUUAACUUGAGGG